AUGCAGCAGCACGGUAUGCAUGAAUUAACACAUCAUCGGCAAUCAAGCCGGAGCGUUUACUAUGCACUUCUCGUUGUAGGGACUACGAUUUUCUGCGGGUUUCUAAUAGAAACUACCGGUUUCGUUUUUGGGCAAGGACAGGCUUCGAUUAUCCAGUCGAGACAGCCUUCGAAGGGUGACAAGCUCACAUACCCUGGCGAGAAGGUCAAGUGGGAGCCAUGUGGCCAAGUUGAGGACCGUCCACUAGAAUGCAGUUCCAUCACUGUUCCAAAGGAACAUUUCAAUACGAACAAUGCCAACAACAACGAGACGUUCAGCAUUCCCUUAGUUCGAAUGCGUGGGAAGAAUGCGACCCAGAAUCUGCUUGUUAACCCCGGUGGGCCUGGCGGCAGCGGGUUUGCCUUCAUAUAUGGUGAUGCUAUAAGUCUCAUGGCUGUAAUUGACGAAAGCCAUCAUCUCCUCUCCUUCGACCCGCGAGGCGUCAAUUCAUCGCAGCCCCUAGCGACCUGCUACCCGGACCAGGAAACCCGGAAGCAUCUGUCAGAGGUCAGAGCGACAGAUCCUUCUGCAGAUAGCCCAGAUGUCUAUGCCUGGACGACGAACUUCGCCCGUGCCUGCUCUGACACGAUGGGCGAUAUGGGUAAAUAUAUCAACACUCCCCAAACGGCGGCCGACAUGAAUAGUAUUUUGGAUGCGGUUGGACAGGAUGAUAUGGUAUACUGGGGGUUUAGCUACGGUAGCAUCCUCGGCCAGACCUAUGCGACAAUGUUCCCUGAUCGGUCCAAGCGGGUUAUCAUCGACGGCAUCGCCAACCAUUUCGACUGGUACAAUGCGUUAAUUGAGGAUAAAGACUUUAUCGACUCUGAAAAUGUCCUUUUUGGCAUCUUCGAUGAAUGUAUCAAAGCUGGCUCCAAAUGUCCGUUAGCCGCUCUCGCAGAUAGUUCGCAAGAUCUGUACCAAAAGUUUAUGGACACCGUGAAGGAGAUCAAGGCCGAGCCGAGGAGCGUGUACGUCAAUAACACCCUGUAUGGCGUUCUUGACUACCAUAGCCUGUGGUUCAAUGGGGUGUACAGGGCUCUAUAUAGGCCAAGUGGGUGGUAUUCCUUUGCCGAUCGCCUGGCAAAGCUGAUGCAAGGAGAUGCCACCGAGGCAUUCCUGGCAUACGGGUUCGGAGACCCCUUUAUGCGCACCGGCGACGGAGACAUCGUCAUCCACCUUAACGAUGGGCUAUCGGGAGAAAAGCACUGGCCGCAAGAGCGUACAGAACUGCUCGACCAGCUUCUUCCCUGGUAUGCGAACAGCUCGUUUGCCUUUUCACAGAACAAGUUAUACUACGCAAAGCAGCAAUGGCGUAUCCCUCGAACUCACAAGUUUACCCCACGCGAUGAUGUCGAAACUGCCCACCCUCUGCUGGUGCUUUCAAUGACUUUUGACCCUGUCUGUCCGCUUGCAUCGGCCAAGGUUGCUACUCAAUCCUUCAGGGGAUCAAGGCUAGUCGAGGUAAAGGGAUAUGGACACUGUUCCCAGGCGGUCCAGUCAGCCUGCGCGACAAAACAUAUUAGGAACUUCUUGCAGAGAGGUGUAUUGCCGGACACCCAUGUUCAGUGCGAUGUUGAUAGCGAGUACUACAUCAAGCCAGAGUAG